CCAUGAACUGCUGAAUGUUAAGUUAAUUUGAUACUUUGGUUGCAGUGUAUUCAUGUCAUGUAGUAGGAAGUAUUUAUCAUCUUGCGCCUUCCUUGUUUAUUAGAUUAUGGCUUCAAGUUCAAACCAAUCCCCAUUGCCUUCGUUUGACUUCGUUUAACGAAGUUCCGGCCAAUUGGUCUAUAGUACAUGAGUCACAUUUCAUAGAGUUUAUGUUAGAUAAGGUCCGAAUAUGUGGCGAAAAUAGGCAAACAGGAACCUUUUCAAAGCAUGAUUGGACUGACAUUAGGAAGCAGUUUCAUAAGAAGUUUAGGUUGAAAUAUUCUUUGAAGUCGUUCAAGAAAAAAUUCACCAAGUUGAAGGAAAAGUACAAAGAUCAUAAGAAACUCGUGGAAGAUAACACCGGAUUAGGCUGGGAUCCUGUUUUGUGUACCGUAGAGGCCUCAAAUGAAUGGUGGGAUGAGCAAGUGAAGAAUUUUCCACGAACAAAGGUGUUCCGUGUCUCUGGUUGCCCCGAAUAUCGGAAGCUACAAACUAUAUUUGGUGAUACCGUGGCAACGGGAAAUCUUAGACAGACACAAGAAGGUGGUUUUUCUUCUACCGAUGGUGAAGAUGAGAUAGAUAUGACUGAAAAUGGAAGUCCCACGCAACCAUUAGAUACACAGGUCUUCUCUAAUGGUGGUGUCACGGCUGAUAGGAUGGAAGAAAAUGUUGAUUUUCGUCGUCGCUCGCAAACACCAAGUGGUAGCCACAGAAGUACCCAUGUUCCCAAUGAUAGUGGUGAUGUAGCUGGUGAGAUGGAAGAAAAUGUAGAUAACCAAUUUCGUAGCCGUUCGCGUACACCGAUUAGUAGUAGACGUGGCAGGAAAGAAAACAAGGCUAAUGAGAUCGGAGAGUCGUUAAAGAUGUUAGCUGAAAAUGCUAAAGCUAAACUAGAGGAUAAAACAAAAUAUACCAUCUCUGAAUUCUUAGAAAUUUUGGAUUCAAUGGGGGCACAUGUUGGAAGGCACACGUAUGUGAAGGCGGUGAAAGUUCUUCAAAACCAAGGAUGGAGAGAGACAUUUAUCAAAAUGUCGAAAGAUCGAAGGGAUGAUUGGAUUGUUUCUAUUCAAGAUGGAACCUUUGACUAA